AGAGAAGACAGUGGAGACGUCGACGCUUCAGCCUGCAGCUCCAGUGUGCAGUUUUACACUGUUAGCGCUGCGGUGUGUGUGUGAGUGGGUGAGAGAGUGUGUGAGAGUUUGUGUGUGAGUGUGUUUUUGUGUGUUUUGGUUAUUAAGUAAUGUCACUGAACAUUUAGGUAACUUUUGCAGCAUGAAGCCGCUCUACUGGGAUUAAUUGGUGUAUCUCGGGGCUGACGGUUGGACCGGAAAUUAGCGCUGUGAGUCCGGGGGGGUUUAGACGUCAGUGCCAACAUGGCAGCAGGUAAUCAGGGUCCCGGAUCUCCAGGUGAAGAUAAGACACCUUCCCGCAGACACAGUGACGCGAACCGAAAGUUAAAGUACAUCAGUUUGACCAUUUUGGUGAUCCAGAAUGCCUCGCUCAUCCUCAGCAUCCGCUACGUGCGGACGUUACCGGGAGAUCGCUUCUUCACCACGUCCGCCGUGGUCAUGGCCGAGGUCCUGAAGGUCUCCACCUGCCUCAUCAUCAUCCUGUUCCAGAAGAGAGGAAACAUCAAGGACUUUGUGUUCCUGCUGUAUGAUUCGAUAGUGGUGCAGUACUGGGACACGCUGAAGCUGGCGGUUCCAUCGCUUAUCUACACGCUACAGAAUAACCUGCAGUACGUGGCCAUCUCAAACUUGCCAGCUGCCACGUUUCAGGUAACGUAUCAGCUGAAGAUUUUAACGACGGCGCUCUUCUCGGUUCUCAUGCUGAGGAAGAGUCUGUCGCGUAUCCAGUGGAUCUCGUUGCUCCUCUUGUUCGCCGGUGUGGCCAUCGUCCAGGUGGAGCAGGACAGCAGCAAGAACAAGGAGGCCGUGGACUCGGGCGCCUCCCAGAGCUACGUGAAAGGCCUGGUGGCCGUAGUGGUGUCCUGCCUGUCAUCAGGGUUCGCAGGCGUUUACUUCGAGAAGAUCCUGAAAGGCAGCAGCGCCUCGCUGUGGCUCCGCAACGUGCAGCUGGGGUUCUUCGGGACGCUCCUGGGCCUGCUCGGCCUGUUGUGGAACGACGGCGAGCAGAUCGCUGAGAAGGGCUUCCUGUUCGGAUACACGCCCAUGGUGUGGGGCGUGAUUUUUAACCAGGCGUUCGGCGGCCUCCUGGUGGCCGUGGUGGUCAAAUACGCCGACAACAUCCUCAAGGGCUUCGCCACAUCCUUCUCCAUCGUGGUGUCCACAGUCACGUCCGUCUACCUCUUCGGCUUCCACGUGGACAUCCUGUUCACGCUCGGCGCCGGCCUCGUCAUCGGCGCCGUCUACAUGUACAGUCUACCCAAAGCGGCAGCGCAGCCCACCAGCGCCGGCUCCUUCUCUUCCUCUUCCUCCUCCUCUUCCUCGCAGACGGACGGGUUCCUUCCAAAGUCAGUGCUGGUGAAAUGAAACUUUUGCUGGCCAAACUUUCUCUCCCUCAACCUUCACGACUCACUUUUUCCCAGUAAUCCCUCUUUUUUUUUUUUUUUUUUACUCAGACUUUUAAUCCUCUUCUUUCUGCUGCUUUGGGGUCGGGUUAUGCUUUCUUUCUUUUUUCUCUCUCUCUCACUCGCGUGUUACCCCAGCGGGUGUGUGUAUGUGCACAGUCAUGCUGAGUGUGCUCUCUAAUCAGCUGACUCAUAGUCCGUUCGGUCCGAUCUAAGAAAUCUGAUCAGACGUGGCCAGACUAUCUUUUCAAAUCCUGGCGAAAACCUCGAUUUACCGAGAUCAGGUGUGUUUGAGAUAAAACAUCACGUCAGGGCUGCGCCAGGACUCGCCGGGGUAAAGCACAAGAUCUAGGAACAGGUUUGCCCCUUUAUCAUCACCCCUCACCCCGAUAUGCCUUAUUCUACACUUACCUCCUCAGGUUUUAGCGUCUAAUCUAAAUAAGAAUCUAAGGGCAGUUCACAUGUCAAAGAUCCAGCUGUUUCUACAAACAUCUGCAUAAGCGUCUAACACGAUCGAAGUCGUGUUCAAGAAUGGACAUUGUAGCUCAGUGGUUAAGAUGUGGUAAGAUCAGAAGGUUGUGAGUUCAAAUCCCAGCACCACCAACGCCACCACUCCUGGGCCCUUGAGUAAGGCCCUUAACACGCACAUGCUCUAUUGUAUAAAAUGAGAUCAACACGGAGGAAACGUUCCAAGCUCUACGUUCCACCAUGACAUAUCUCCAUGUGCAGACGUGCAUGUGUGCAUAUUCCACCUAGAAAAACGCAUACGUACCCAUAAAAACACCUGCCGCAUUCGUUUAGAACGAUUCGUUCAUUUUACACGUGUCUUCUGAACAUCUGGGCCUCACCUACAUGCGUUUUUACAUGCGGCCACGCCCUCAAAAAAUUAUAGGACGUUCAGUAAGCACAUGGUGGCACAUGGAGGAGGCCUGAGAUGCAGUCAGAGUUAAAAACGUCAUCGCAAACGUGUUAAAUAGGGUUUAUAGCUCUAUAGCAGGAGAUCUUGCACAUCUUCCAACACCAUGAAAAAGCAGAUCUUUAUGGAGCUGGAACAGGUUUCAUAGUUCAACUGAAGGUUGACUUUCAUGCUCUGGCAUCCAAAGACGUCUUAUACAAUUGUUUGUGGGAACAAUUUGGCGAUUACGGUGGGAAAGUCGGGUGUCCGAAUACUUUUGCCCGCAUUGUCUGUGCACGCUCCAGGAAACACACCUGAUUUCAGCUUCUCGAGGGAAUCCAGGGAAUCCUGUGCGCUCAGCCUGUGCACCUACAGCACACGUCGCUGGCAUACUGGUCACGAGAAUCACGCUCACUGUUGCACUACAGCACUGGGGAUUCUGGGAAGAUUUGGGAAUCUUGGGAAUGCUGCGUUUCUAAUCGAUGUAGGCUGAGCGUCAGGCUGUACAGUGCUGUCUGCUCCUAGGAAUCAAAAUAAACAGCAGCUGGAUUUUA